UGGGGAGCUGAGACGCACAGUACCCUGUAUCUUUCUCAAAUGUUGAGUCAUGAGUGUCAGUGACCGCGUCGACAAAUCUUUCUUUCCCGUUCACAAAACUGACGACCAUGACGAAGGAAACGUCCAAGACGAGCGCCUCGUCGGCUGUGUGGAGGCUUGUCUCGUCCCUUAUUAUUCUUGCAUCUGUUCUGUUACUAUCGUCAUUGACGUUGUUCAAGCAAGAUGUUCGCCAUGAAAACGAAACAAGUGAUGAUCAUGUUCGCAACCUCAUCAAAGAAGACGAUCAAGGAGGCAUCCAAAAAAUGGCGGCCGUGGAUGAUCCCAAGGUCUUGAACGUUCAUGUGGUACCUCACACACAUGAUGAUGUGGGAUGGCUCAAGACUGUAGAGCAGUACUUUUACGGUCUCAAUAUGACCAUUCAAAAAGCUUGUGUCAAGGACAUUUUGGAUACCGUGGUGGAAGCACUCCUCGACAAUCCACACAGAACCUUUACCUAUGUCGAAAUGAGGUUCUUCUCCAUGUGGUUCUACAAUCAAACUGAUGCUGUCAAGGAUUCCGUUCGAUUUCUCAUUGCCAACAAACAACUCUCCUUUGCCAAUGGUGGGUGGUGCAUGCACGAUGAAGCUGCUACCCAUUUCAUGGGAAUGAUUGAUCAGACCACCUUGGGACAUGCCUUUUUGAAAGAGGAACUGGGAUACAUUCCCAAGGUGGGAUGGCAGUUGGAUCCAUUUGGCCAUAGUGCUACACAGUCGUCUCUGCUAUCGGCAAAAACGGGCUUUGAUGCUCUUUAUUUUGGACGAAUUGAUUAUCAGGAUUUGGAUAUCCGGAAAAAGACGCAGCAGUGUGAAGGUUUGUGGGCUUCUUCCGAAGCGUGGAAGAAUGACACCACCAGUACGCUCUUUUGGGGCCUUACAGGAAGUUACUCGGGAAACUAUGGUUCUCCUCCUGGAUUUUGUUUCGAUGUCCUCUGUCCGCGGGAUCCUCGAUUGGUUGAAAUGAAUCGAACCGCACUGUUGACGAGAAUCCAAUACUUUGCGUCGUUGUUAAAGACACAAAGUGAUCGAACCCAGGGAAAUCACAUCAUGUUGACCAUGGGAGAAGAUUUCAAUUAUCGACACGCCAACUCCAUGUUUGCCAAUACGGAUUUGAUGGUGUCAUCGGUCAACAUGUUUCAGCGAUGGAACCUUCUGGAUGUGCCAUCCAUCAUGGGGCCAAGAUUCAACCGAAUCAACAUCUUCUACUCGUCGCCAGAGUACUACACGCAGAUGAAGCAUGCGCAGACCGAAAAAACCAACAAACAGAACAAAGCAACAACACAAUCAAAAUCCACCCGUACGACUACGACUACUAGUACUGACGGUAGUGUCGAAUGGAAAACCAAGACUGAUGACUUCUUUCCAUACUCCGACUGCCCUCAUUGUUUCUGGACGGGAUACUUUACUUCCAGGGCUGCCUUUAAGAGACUGGAACGAGUGAGUUCCUCGUUUCUGCUGGCAGCUCGACAAAUCGAGUCAUUCCCGGACACCAAUGGCACCUCCAGUAGUGCUGGCGAUGAUGAACCCUUGUAUGAACUCGAAGAUGCACUGGGAGUGGCGCAGCACCAUGAUGCGGUGUCGGGAACCGCCAAACAACACGUCUCCAAUGACUACAGCCGGCGCUUGCAGUCCGGAAUCAACAGAGCAGCAAUCUUUGUGGAAAACAAGUUGAAGCAGGUGCUUGCCAAUGGAUCCAGUGUGCUCAAUAAUCUUACUUAUUGCCAACUGAUCAACGAAACAAUCUGCGAAGUGUCUCAAGAAGCAACCAAGGAAACUGGUAACGACAUGUACGUGGUGGUGUAUAAUCCAUUGGGUUCCAACAAAUCUAGGAUCAUUAGGCUGCCUGUGUCGGCCUCUGGGCCGUUUGAAGUGACAAAAAUGGGCAACGAAAGUGAUACCAGUACAAGUCAGUACUUCACGGCCACUAGCGCCCAACUACAGGAAGUGAGAUCUACCGCGGCUGCCAAGUAUGUCCUUUCGUUCAGUACAGGCGCGCUUGCACAUGUCGGUGCUACGACCUUCAAGGUCACGAGAACGACCUCGGACAUUGUUGCUGUGGUGGCCGAAAAAAGUCGUCGUCUGCAGUCUAAGGUUGUCAUCAAGGAUAGCAACGAAGCCGUCGCUGCUUCCAACGGCUUGUUGGAAGCUCAAUUCGAUCGGAACACCGGCGCGCUGGAAGCCAUAUCAAUGAAUAACGUCACCGUAGAUGUGUCCCAGAGUUGGGGCUAUUAUACGUCGUUUGACAACAAAAUGGACAAGCCGGACAAUACUGUCGGAGGGAAGCAGAACUCGGGAGCAUACAUUUUCCGCCCCAGCAAACCGAACCAGGAACUCAACGUCAUUCCCUAUGCACAAGGUGCCAUCUUUGUGAACAAUUCUCUGGGACUUGAGGUGCAUGCGCAAUUUGAGGAAAGAUGGAUCAAGCAAGUCACAAGGGUGAUGAAAGGCCUCCCAUAUGUCGACAUAGAGUUUACAAUAGGGCCAAUUCCAAUUGAUGACAAUAGAGGAAAGGAAAUUGUGACCAGAUUUAAUACUGCAAUUCAAAGCAAUGCAACAUUCUACACCGAUUCCAAUGGGCGCGAGUUUCAAAAGCGUCACCGCAACUUCAGACCAUCCUGGCCUUUGGAUGUGUAUGAGCCUGUUGCUGGAAACUACUAUCCUGUGAACGCAGCAAUAUACAUUGAAGACAAGUCUUCAUCCUUCUCUGUUCUGGUUGAUAGAACUCAAGGCGGGGCCUCAUUGUUGGAUGGAUCCGUGGAGCUGAUGGCACAUCGGCGUCUCGUUGCUGACGACCGUCGUGGUGUUACUGAGCCCAUGAAUGAAACAGAUGGUGGUGUGACCCCUUACCCGCCUUAUGGAACAAAUGAACGCUGGGGCGAGGGUCUUGUGAUUCGCGGUUCACACCGGAUCAUGAUUGGAGCUGGAAACCAAGGAGCAAGCCUUGCCCGUUCUGAAAUGGACGAGAGCUUUGCGAAUCCCUUGGUCUUUGUCGCCUCUGCAAAGUCCGACGAUCGGGUUUCGUUGUCAAGAGUGUCCUUUUCGGCGCUACAAGCUGCGCUCCCACCCAAUGUCAUGUUGGUGACCUUCAAGAAGCUUCAUGGAAACCACACGAACGAGUACUUGAUUCGACUGGGUCAUCAGUAUUCUUUGGGAGAAGACGACCAGCUUUCCAAACCUGCAACUAUCGACCUUUCCAAUCUCUUUGCGGGCUUCACGGUAGCAUCUGUAACAGAGAUGACGCUGAGCGCAAACCAAGCCUACGACAACUGGAUCAAGACCCGCCUCGAUUGGACCGGCUCGGGAGGCAGAUCACUCUCCGGGUUGGGCGAUGACAACACAACGGUGGUGCUCCAACCAAUGGACGUCCGAACCUAUGUUGUAGCACUGAAUCGGCGUCGCCGUGAAAGUGGCACGAAUUCCUAAUAAAGCGGGUUCUGAACUCGAAGAAUAAAGCUCAAUCUAUAGACCAUCAGCAAUGCAUCCUAGAAAGUGCCUCUGGAAAGCUAAGCUAAGCUAAACUAAACUAAACUCCACAAGACUUCCUCACCUGCUCGAAGUGGGGUCACAGACUUGCCAUCCCCAAAGU